UGGAAGCCUAGAGACGCAUUGAAAUAGCAAGACUGAAAUGCCAAAAAGUCAUAGGAUUUAUUCAAGACAAGAUCAUCUGGGAACAUUGUAUAUUGAAACGAGCUUGGUUCAAAUGGCGGCGAUACGACCAGUGGUUUUUAUCCGCCCAAUAUGUCUUCCGAAGACAAAACAUUAUUUUCCUUUAUGGAUGAGACAGGUGGAGUAUCCGAAAGUGUUUCCGGGGGAUCCACCUGUACGUUGUUUCCUACCCCCGUUCUGGAUGAAAAUGAUGUAUCCUGGCCCAAAAAAUCCUCCUGACCACGUUGUUUUCAAAGUUCAUCCACAGAUGACUGGGAAUGAUGUUCGACAGUAUUUGGAGAAAAUAUACAAAGUUCCUGUUGCAGAUGUACGAGUGAAGAUGGUUUAUCACGACUUGGAGCCAAUCGAUACGCAUCCAAAGGAGCGUAUGCAACGUUCAAUAGAUUCCACAGUUUUCCCUCCUAAGCCUGAGCGUUACGAAAAGGUUGCGUACGUACGACUAGCUCCAGGUGAAGUAUUCACUUUUCCAGACAUAUUUAAAGAUAAACGCCCAUCAGAUGUUAUGGAAACUUUCGAUGAGAAUGCUUCUACACCUAAGGAUGAAUCAAAGGAUGUUAUCCUAUCAACUGACAACCAAGUUAAACCAGAAACUGAGAAAUUUCAGCGUGUUAAAGGUUAUAGCAAGUGGUUUAAAUUUUAGUUGUUUAUAUGCAUUUUGACCAAUAAAAAUUUCCCCACACUUGUGUUGUUUUUUAUUUUUUUUAUUUCCUUUUAUAUUUAACUAUGUUUAUUUUGUGCCUAGUGCAAGCUCUAUCUGUCUCCCGUGUCACUUCAUAUGAUAAGCUGAGCAAUAUUGAGGUUAGGCGUCCAGUGCUGGUAAGAAGGGAAAAUCACUCGACGAGGUUGUGAAGCUACAUCAAUUGGGAUGGCUAGGACAUGUGAUACGCAUGUAUAGUCAUUGCCUUCCUCAAUGGGCAAUGUUAGCUGACAUAGGAUGGAUCAGGUUGGAAAAGGGCUAGUG